GCGGCGGAGGCUCAACGGGAUGCUGACUGGCUUUCGCCUCUCCAGCCAGGCCUGCGGGACUGGGAUGGAGGAACCCAGCGGGGCCCCCGGGGUCCCUCCCCCGGCUGCCUCUCCGGAAUGAGGCCUCGGGGCCCGCGGGACAACCGCGCCCCGUCUCCGCCGGGCGUGAGCGCCGACCCGCGCCCGCGCGCGCCCUCCGUCGUCAGUUACCCCGCGCGCCCCCACCGGCGCGCGCCGCUCCCCGCGCGCUCCCGCCCCGCCCCCGCCCGGCUGGCGCUCGGCGCAGGCUCGCUUGUUUGUUUCUGCAGGAGCGCCGGGAGAGGCCGAGGCCGAGACGAUGCCUGGGAAGCUGAAGGUGAAAAUCGUGGCCGGGCGCCACUUGCCAGUGAUGGACCGAGCCAGUGACCUGACUGAUGCCUUCGUGGAGGUAAAAUUUGGUAAUACCACCUUUAAAACAGAUGUGUAUCUCAAGUCCCUGAACCCUCAGUGGAACUCGGAAUGGUUUAAAUUUGAGGUGGAUGAUGAAGAUUUACAAGAUGAACCUCUACAAAUCACAGUUCUUGACCAUGAUACCUACAGCGCAAAUGACGCUAUUGGUAAAGUGUACAUUGAUAUCGAUCCUUUACUCUACAGUGAAGCCGCCACAGUCAUUUCGGGAUGGUUUCCAAUUUAUGACACCAUACAUGGUAUCCGUGGGGAAAUCAAUGUUGUCGUCAAAGUAGACCUCUUCAAUGAUCUAAAUCGAUUUAGGCAGUCAUCAUGUGGAGUCAAAUUCUUUUGCACAACAUCUAUUCCGAAGUGCUAUAAAGCUGUGAUAAUUCAUGGAUUUGUGGAAGAACUUGUGGUCAAUGAAGACCCAGAGUAUCAGUGGAUUGAUCGAAUUCGCACACCAAGGGCAUCAAAUGAGGCCAGACAGAGACUCAUUUCUUUAAUGUCAGGUGAACUUCAGAGGAAGAUUGGCUUGAAAGUACUUGAAAUGAGAGGAAAUGCAGUCGUUGGGUACUUGCAAUGUUUUGAUCUGGAAGGCGAAUCUGGUUUAGUGGUACGAGCCAUAGGAACAGCAUGUACACUGGAUAAACUAAGUAGCUCGGCAGCAUUCCUUCCUGCAUGUAAUUCUCCAUCCAAAGAAAUGAAGGAGAUUCCCUUCAAUGAAGAUCCCAAUCCCAAUACUCACUCAUCAGGACCCUCAACCCCUCUGAAAAACCAAACUUAUUCCUUUUCACCUUCCAAGUCCUACAGUCGGCAGUCCUCUUCUUCUGACACAGAUUUGAGUUUGACACCCAAAACUGCACCUUACCCACAGGGGCCUAGGAUUUACCUGUGUCCCAGCUCCCCCUCUCUCUCUCCUGGUUCCCUUCAUCUUAGACAGUCCUGUCUCCUCCUCUCGGAAUCUAGCCUUCCCCCUCAUCAUUCUAGCCUUGUCAGCCCAGUUCUGAGGAAAAGUGUUUCUUUCAGUGAAGAGCUGUUCCUGGCUGCUUCUGGAAUGGGAAGUGGUAGUGCUGGAAAAGAAGGGGGGCCAUUUAAAGCUCUUUUAAGACAACAGACUCAGUCAGCAUUGGAACAGAGGGGAGGAUCGCCUCAUAGGUUCUGUAGAAGGCGGGAAUUUCCAUUUUUCACCUUGACGGCAUUUCCUCCUGGAUUUCUUAUGCAUGUUGGUGGUGUUGUUAGUGCACGCUCUGUGAAGCUUCUGGAUCGAAUCCACAAUCCUGCCUUUGUCGGAAUUAUGGGUAACACAAGAUCUUACAAACUGCUAGACUGGAAUAGUUUCAAUUCAGAUGAACCAGAAACUCGAGAUGCGUGGUGGGCAGAAAUCAGACAAGAAAUAAAAUCACAUGCUAAAGCAUUAGGCUGUCAUGCUGUAGUGGGCUACAGUGAAUCAACUAGCAUCUGUGAAGAGGUCUGUAUUUUAUCUGCAUCCGGCACAGCAGCUGUACUGAACCCUAGAUUUCUGCAGGAUGGCACCGUGGAGGGCUGUUUGGAACAGAGGACAGAAGAAAAUUUGCCUGCAGGCUGUGGAUUUUGCCAUAUACCGUAUGAUGAACUGAAUAUGCCUUUUCCAGCUCAUCUCACAUACUGCUAUAACUGCAGGAAACAGAAAGUUCCUGAUGUUCUUUUUACAACCAUAGACCUCCCAACAGAUGCAACAGUUAUUGGAAAAGGUUGUCUUAUUCAAGCAAGGUUAUGCCGCUUAAAAAAGAAGGCACCGGCAGAAGCAAAUGCUACAGCCAUCAGUAAUCUGUUGCCAUUCAUGGAAUAUGAAGUACAUACUCAGCUAAUGAAUAAACUGAAACUCAAAGGAAUGAAUGCUUUAUUUGGUCUGAGAAUUCAGAUCACAGUGGGUGAAAAUAUGUUGAUGGGCUUAGCGUCGGCCACAGGUGUAUAUUUAGCGGCCUUACCAACUCCUGGUGGUAUUCAGAUUGCUGGGAAGACUCCUAAUGAUGGCUCAUACGAACAGCAUAUAUCUCAUAUGCAAAAGAAGAUAAAUGACACGAUUGCUAAGAAUAAAGAGUUAUAUGAAAUCAAUCCUCCAGAGAUAUCAGAAGAGAUAAUAGGAUCACCCAUCCCAGAACCUAGACAACGCUCAAGACUUUUAAGAUCUCAGUCAGAAAGCUCUGAUGAAGUUACAGAAUUGGACCUUUCACAUGGGAAAAAAGAUGCUUUUGUUUUGGAGAUUGAUGACACAGAUGCUAUGGAAGAUGUACAUUCUCUACUUACUGAUGUUCCUCCUCCUUCAGGCUUUUAUAGUUGUAAUACAGAAAUUAUGCCUGGUAUAAAUAAUUGGACAUCUGAAAUACAGAUGUUCACAUCAGUAAGAGUAAUACGAUUAAGCAGCCUUAACCUGACUAAUCAAGCCCUUAAUAAGAACUUUAAUGAUCUCUGUGAAAAUUUGCUCAAGAGCCUGUAUUUUAAACUACGGUCUAUGAUCCCCUGCUGCCUUUGUCAUGUAAACUUUACAGUGUCUCUGCCUGAAGAUGAAUUAAUUCAGGUUACAGUUACAGCAGUUGCAAUAACUUUUGACAAAAAUCAGGCUUUACAGACUACAAAAUCGCAUGUUGAAAAGUCAUUGCAAAGAGCCUCUACAGAUAAUGAAGAACUUCUGCAGUUUCCACUGGAGCUCUGCUCGGACUCACUUUCAGCUCACCCUUUUCCACCGGCUAAAGAACACCUGGAGAGUGCAAGUUCUAACUCAGGUAUACCAGCUGCACAGAGAGCAACGUCAGUUGAUUACAGUUCCUUUGCAGACAGAUGCAGCAGCUGGAUAGAGCUCAUUAAACUGAAAGCUCAGACCAUAAGGCGCGGAUCAAUUAAGACAACAGUGACGGUUGAAAAAGCAAGCCCAGUGGGUGAAGGAAAUGUACGGAAUCGUUCUGCUGCACCUUGUGCAAAUUCUUCAGUUGGGGUUGUUAAGAUGACACCUCUUUCUUUCAUUCCUGGAGCAAAAAUAACUAAAUAUCUUGGGAUAAUUAAUAUGUUUUUUAUUCGGGAAACGACUUCUCUUCGUGAGGAAGGAGGAGUCAGUGGUUUUCUCCAUGCUUUUAUUGCUGAAGUGUUUGCUAUGGUGAGAGCUCAUGUCGCCGCUUUAGGAGGGAAUGCUGUCGUCUCCUACAUCAUGAAGCAGUGUGUUUUCAUGGAGAAUCCAAAUAAAAACCAGGCACAGUGUCUUAUAAAUGUAAGUGGUGAUGCAGUGAUUUUUGUACGUGAAUCUGAAUUAGAAGUAGUGUCAACUCAGCAACCUACUGCCAACUGCCAGCCCUCAUGUACUGGAGGAGAAGUUACAACCUGAAAAUAAAUUAGAAAGAAAGAGUUCAACUAAAGGAAAUUAACCUGUCUCCAUUUUUUUUUGUCAUUAAUUAUCUUAUUAGACUUUAAAACAUGACCUUCAUUUGAGACAAUUAAGAAGGAAUUGAUAUAUUAUGAGUAGAUUUGAUUUGCCUCGAAUCCCUUGGAGGCAUGAGAAUUUUCGAAUCUCGGUGUUUCGUUUGCCAAGUCUAGACCUACAGGCCCUGUGGAAUCUUGACUUCUCAGUAAGUUCAGAUAAAUUUCUCAGAGAACUGUAGCAAACACGAAAGCUAUUUGUAAUUUAUGUUAAUUUUAAUAAAAUCAUACUUAAAAAAAUCAAAUGGUAAGAUGAUCAGGAAAUUAGGAUAGUCACCCUAGCAUAAUUUAAAAAACCUAAGCAAGAAAUUCACAAAUUGUUAAUAAGUAAUUUGAUUUGAGGAAUGUGUGGGGAAAAUGGAAAAAAGUUUUCAGACAACUGUGUUUUAUUUUAAUGAGGGUUUGGUAGCAACUGUAAGGGAAAAGUGCUUCAGCCAUCUUUUAAAAGAAGUUAAAGUUCUGCAACUUGUAGCCAUUAUAUGUCCUAACCACUGUUAAAGAAAACAUAACUUAACAAAGCCAGUGUCCUUCCAUUGAAAGUUUUAAUGUCUUUAAGGAGGGAGGGAAAAACUUAUCCUGGAACUUUGUAAAUGGCCGAAUUUCAGUUAAUGUUUAAUUUAUGCAGAAGAGACUUGGCUUCAACUGGGAAGAACAGGUUCUUGAAUUUUGUUGAAGUGGGUAAAAUAUAAUUGAUCUAGUAGGAACAUAAAAUUAUUUUCUAAUGAAACCAUACUGUACUUCUACCGAAUAAACAGAAUUUUAGUAAUAUCUUAGGGAUUUUUGGUGGUGAGUUAGAUUGUAUUUGGCGUAGAAUUUGGAAAUGUAACUUGAGUGUAGAUAAUGCUGCAAAAUGUUGAAUGUAUACAUAGAAAUACUUUUUCUGUCAAUGCCAAAUACCUAUUAUAAGUGAACCCUAAAAAGUACAUUCCUCCUUUGCACAAUAAAAUUUCUUUAUGAACUUCAUAUUUCUUUUCCAGGAUAACAAACUGCCCUAAAGAUUAGGAGUCAUUUCCUUGUUAUCAUAGGUGUCAAUAUUUUUCUGUAUUUUGUUUAUAAUUUUAUUUUUUAAAUAAAAGUUUAUAAAGAUAAACUGG